AUGCUGCUGGGGCUCCGCUCGGUGUGGCUGCUGAGCUGUUCGAUCAGCUUGUGCCACGGCUAUUUCGACGGCCCGCUUUACCCGGAGAUGUCCAACGGGACGCUGCAUCACUAUUUCGUGCCGGACGGGGACUACGAGGAGAACGACGACCCGGAGAAAUGCCAGCUGCUUUUCAGGGUGAGCGACCGCCUGCGCUGUACAGCCAACGGGGAGGCUGAGCGCUCGCAUCCCGCGGUGGCGGCGGCGGCGGCGGCGCCCGCUCUGACGCUGCGCGAGGAAUUCACCGUCCUGGGCCGGCAGGUGGAGGACACGGCGCGCGUGCUGGAAGGCAUCCAGAAGAGCAUCGCCUACGACCUGGACGGCGAGGAGAGCUACGGCGACUACCUGCGCAGGGAAUCCACGCAGAUCGGCGACGCCUACGCCAACUCGGAAAAGUCGCUGGGCGAGCUGGAAAACAAGUUCCGGCAGGGCCAGGAGCACGAGAGCCACGAGGAGAGCCGCCUCAACGACGACUUCCUGGGAAUGCUGGUGCAUGCGCGGGCCCUCCUCAAGGAGACGCUGAGCGUCUCGGCGGGCCUGCGGGACAAGUACGAGCUGCUGGCGCUCACCGUCCGGAGCCACGGUGCGCGCCUCAGCCGUCUCAAGACCGAGUAUCUCAAGGGCUGAGCAG